GGGCUCCUGCCGCCGCUCCUGCCGCUGCUCCUGCUGCUGCUCCUGCUGCUGCUGCUCCCGCCGCCCCCGGCACAGAGCCUCAAAGGUGGUGCUGUGACUGUCCCAGAAACACUGCUCUUCAUCUCCACACUGGAUGGGAACCUCCAUGCCGUCAGCAAGAGCACAGGGGACAUCAAGUGGACCCUGAAGGAUGAUCCCAUUCUGCAGGUGCCGGUCUAUGUGGCAGAGCCAGCAUUCCUUCCAGACCCCAAUGAUGGCAGCCUGUAUAUCCUGGGAGGAAAGAACAAAGAAGGCUUGAUGAAGCUGCCGUUCACCAUCCCGGAGCUGGUGCAGUCCUCGCCGUGCCGCAGCUCGGACGGGGUGCUCUACACGGGGAAGAAGCAGGACACCUGGUUCAUUGUGGACCCCAAGUCAGGGGAGAAGCAGACCACCCUCUCAACAGAGGCCUGGGACGGUCUGUGCCCAUCCAGCCCCCUGCUCUACAUCGGACGGACCCAGUACGUCAUCACCAUGUAUGACACCAAGUCACGGGAGCUGCGCUGGAAUGCCACCUUCUCCGAGUACUCUGCCCCGCUCUGCGAGGAGUCCUACCACUACAAAAUGGCGCACUUGGCCUCAAGCGGGGACGGGCUGGUGGUGACCCUGGACAAGGAGAGCGGGGAGGUCCUGUGGGCGCAGAACUACGGCUCACCUGUGGUUGGCAUCUACCUGUGGCACCAGGACAGCCUGCGCCGCCUCCCCCACCUCAACCUGGCCAUGGAGACCCUGCGCUAUCUGACCUUCCAGUCACAGGACAUCCAUGUCCUCAAGUGGAGCUACCAGUCCGUCAAGGACUUCGCCGCCACCAAGACCCAGCUGCUGCCGGCGCUCUACGUGGGAAAGCACACGACCAGUUUCUACGCCGUGACCUCCCUGGUGCACGGCAGCGUGGCGCUGGUGCCCCAGGGCAUCACGCUGGCCAGGAUCGACGGCCCCACCACGGACGACGUGACCAUGAGGGAGUCCGGGGAGUGCGAGAUCAUGCCCAGCACGGACGUCAAGUACCCGCAGGGCAGCAUCGCCUCACCUCCCAACCAGUGGCUCCUCAUAGGGCACCAUGAGCUGCCUCCUUUGGUCCACACCACAAUGCUGCGAGCCUUCCCAGAGAACCUGAGGAAAACCACGGAAACCAUCAUCCCCAGGGCUCCUCCCACCAGGACCGUGUUUGACGAUUUCCUGGCCCCGAGCAGCCCAGAGGAGCCAGCUGUCCGCAGCGAGGGGCAGCUCCAGCCAGAGCCCGCGCCGGGGGAGCAGCUGGAGGUGUACCCCGAGUCUGGCACCUGGGACCUGCUGAUGGCUGCUGUCGGCACGGCUCUGCUGGGCGGGGGAGUGCUGGUCCUGCUGCUCACCAAACUGCAGCGGCAGCAUGUGGCCCAGCAGCAGCAGCUGGAGGAGCAGAUUCAGCUCCUGCAGCAGCAGCAGGAGAUGCUGCGCUCCAGACGAGUCUCCAGGGAGGGCGUCCCUGAGGAGCCCAGGGAGCUGGAGCUGAGCCAGGGCAGGGCCUCAGAGCCCUCACAGAGCUCCAGCCCCUCUGCCUCCCUGAAGGACUCAGCUAACGGGACAGUCAGCCCAGAGCCAGCUGCCCCAGUGGCUGAGGAAGAUGCAGAACCAGACCUGGUUGUAGUUGGGAAAGUUUCUUUUAACCCCAAGGACGUGCUGGGCCAUGGAGCUGGAGGAACCUUUGUCUUCAGGGGGCACUUCGAGGGCCGCAGGGUGGCCGUGAAGCGUCUCCUGCCCGAGUGUGUCCACCUGCUGGACCGCGAGGUGCAGCUGCUCCGGGAGUCGGACGAGCACCCCCACGUCGUGCGCUACUUCUGCACCGAGAGGGACCGGCAGUUCCACUACAUCGCCAUCGAGCUGUGCUCCGCCACGCUGCAGGAGUACGUGGAGAGCCCCAGCUUCGAGCGCCGUGGGCUGGACCCGGUGUCCGUGCUGCGCCAGACCAUGUCCGGGCUGGCCCACCUGCACUCCCUCAGCAUCGUGCACCGUGACCUGAAGCCCUGUAACAUCCUCAUCUCUGUCCCGAACCGCCACGGGCAGAUCCGUGCUGUCAUCUCCGACUUCGGCCUUUGCAAGAAGCUGCAGGGGGGACGACAGAGCUUCAGCCUCCGCUCCGGGAUCCCCGGCACUGAGGGCUGGAUCGCGCCCGAGGUGCUGCAGGAGGCGCCGAAGGAGAACCCUACCAGUGCUGUGGACAUCUUCUCAGCCGGGUGCAUCUUCUACUACGUGGUGUCGGGGGGACAGCACCCCUUUGGGGACAGCCUGCGGCGCCAGGCCAACAUCCUGGCAGGCUCCUACCAGCUGAGCUGCCUGCAGGAGGAGGCUCAUGACAAGCUCGUGGCGAGGGAGCUGAUUGUGGCGAUGAUCAGCUCCGAGCCCCAGCACCGGCCCUCGGCCCCCGUGGUCCUUGUGCAUCCCUUUUUCUGGAGUCAGGAGAAGCAGCUGCAGUUCUUCCAGGACGUCAGUGACCGUGUGGAGAAGGAGCCAGCCGAGGGGCCCAUCGUCUCAGCCCUGGAAUCGGGCGGACGGGCGGUGGUGAGGACCAACUGGAGGAUGCACAUCUCCCUCCCGCUGCAGAUGGACCUGAGGAAGUUCCGCACCUACAAGGGGGGCUCAGUGCGUGACCUGCUGCGGGCCAUGAGGAACAAGAAGCACCACUACCACGAGCUGCCGGCCGACGUGCGGGUGGCCCUGGGCUCCGUCCCCGAGGGCUUCGUGCAGUACUUCACCUCCCGCUUCCCGCGGCUGCUGCUGCACACGCACGGGGCCAUGCGGGUCUGUGCCCACGAGCGCACCUUCCACCCCUACUACUGCCAGGGCCUGAGGGGCGACGGCGCCUGAGGGCCGCGGGUCAUGGCUGAGGGGCGACGGCGCCUGAGGGCCACGGGUCAUGGCUGAGGGGCGACGGCGCCUGAGGGCCGCGGGUCAUGGCUGAGGGCCACGGGUCAUGGCCGAGGGCCGCGGGUCAUGGCUGAGGGGCGACGGCGCCUGAGAGCCACAGGCCAUGGCUGAGGGGCAGCGGCACCUGAGAGCUGCGGGUCAUGGCCGAGGGCUUCAGGUCAUGCCUGAGGGGCAGCAGUGCCUGAGGGCCACAGGUCAUGGCCGAGGGCUGCGGGUCAUGGCCAAGGGCUGUGGCCGCUGCUCCCCGCCCGGGCCCUCUCAGUGUCCUGCUGCCAGGCCAGGUGAGGGCACGAGGCAGCAGAGGUAUCACAGUCAGACUCAGGUGUGAAGGCAUUUGGGUCAGAAAACAAAGACAACUCAGGUGGACGAAGUGAUUGGAGAAGAAAGAGGAGAACACGUUGUGUUUUCACAGCGGGGCCCUGGCACAGCGAUGCCCUCAGGCUGCCAUCGGCCACAGUGGACAUUGACCAGGGACAGGAAGCUUUGUCCCGCUUUGUGGCUUGGGUUCUCUCCUGUGCCAGGGGACGCAGCUCCUUGAGCACACCAGGCCCCCAGUCCUGACACUGGAGCUGCCCCUCAGCCCCACAGGGCUGUGCUCACCAGGCCAGGCUGAGCAGCCGCCCUGGGGCUGGCACCUGCCCGUGGCACCCGGGCUGUGAGGGCACAGCCCUGCCAUGAAUCUCAGCUGGGCUCAGAACAGGGGUUUGUCCCUUAGGGUCCCCAGCAGCCUGUACCCGUGCCAGGCCUGGUGGCACAGCAGUAUGGAACCCCUGGGAUCCUUCCCUCAAAGACAGGCCUGUGCCUGCAGCUCCCCCAGCCUCUCCUGCUGCCCAGGGUGGGUGUCCCAUGGGUGCUUUGGGUCAUGGCAGCCCCAUGGGCAUGUGUUCCCUG